AUGCUCACGCGACGGGCCCAUUCGCAGGUGGUCGGGUGUGACCUCCUGAGCUGCGAUGGUGGGGCCAACAACGAAUGUACGCUCGGAAACACGACGAGUGCCUUCAUCGGGACGACAAACCUCACCACCAGCAUAUCGCCCAACAGGUCGCUCGUGACCUGGACGGUCGGAGCCUUCUCAGCAGACUCAAGCGGAUCCUCGAACUUGACGGACGUCACUUUUACGAAGCAGUUCUAUCUGGGCACACCACCAUCGUUGAACCUCGCCGCCACAGAUGACUUUGGCGGCUGCGCGUUGUUCUUCGAGGGCAUUGCAAGGAGUCUACCCCUCGAUGGAGUGGCCGAAUAUGGCUCCGUGACAUGCAGCCAGACACUCCAGGAUACCUGUGUCAAUGACUUGCUGGAACAGGCAACAAAGCAGGUACAGACGCUCCGGAGCUCAGCCAGUGGUGGUACGGCAGGAGUGUGCAAUGCUUUACAGUCAACGCUGGAGGCAAACCCACCACAGUCGUGUCAAACGGUAGCCACCGUGACAUGGGGCUCUGUCGUCGCAAAAGCCAUCACAGGCGCUCAAUCUGCAGCUGCAAACCAUAUCUCCCAAACGACAUGCCAUCCUGCUUCCACCGUCCCCAACGGUCCCAACUACAACAUUGCGCUCAUCGAGACCCAAACCGUCACGUCCGAAGAGGUGUCCAGCGACAUCGCACCCUUCUUUUACAGCAUCACGCCCGUCUUGACAGUCUUCUACAGUCCCUCAGGCUCGACGUCCAAGUCUCUGCCAGAGGCACACCUCUCGUGUCUUAAAGUUGUGGAGGAUUCCAACCUCGUGGGGUCAGACUUGCAGACCAAUGGUGCUGGAUUCCUAGACCCAAAUAGGUCAAAGACGGUCAUGGCAGUAGCAGUGUCCUUCGCUGUCAGUCUAAUGGCGUCGGGUUGGGUAUGA